AUGCUGAUCAUGGUCGCGGGUGUCACCGUGUUUGCCGAGGGCCUGGCCGGCAAUGUACAGAAGGCCCGUGCUGUGAGCUCGGAGGGCCCCAAUACCGAUACCUUUGAGGGCUUCGGCAUGGGCUCCAAGAAGAUCACUCCGGUGGAGGAGGUGAAUACGACCUUCGAGGAUGUGAAGGGCUGCGAUGAAGUCAAGGAGGAGCUGCAGGAGAUCAUCCUGUACCUCCGCGACCCCGACCGCUUCACGCGGCUGGGCGCGAAGCUGCCCAAAGGCGUCAUGAUGUCGGGAUCCCCGGGCACCGGCAAGACGCUGCUGGCCCGGGCUAUUGCUGGCGAGGCAGGUGUCCCCUUCCUGCAGGCCUCCGGCUCGGAGUUCGAGGAGAUGUUUGUUGGCGUGGGCGCGCGGCGCAUCCGCGACCUCUUCCAGGAGGCCCGCAAGCACGCGCCCUGCAUCGUCUUCAUCGACGAGAUCGAUGCUGUUGGCUCCAAGCGCUCGAACCGAGACAACACAGCGGUGAGGAUGACGUUGAAUCAGCUCCUUGUCGAGAUGGACGGGUUCGAGAACAACAAUGGUGUCGUCGUCAUCUGCGCAACGAAUUUCCCGGAGUCCCUUGACAAGGCCCUCACACGGCCUGGGCGAUUAGACCGGCAGAUCGUGGUGCCCAUCCCGGAUCUCAAGGGUCGCACAGAGAUCCUUGAGAUGUACGCUGCAAAGCUGCUCCUGGACGAGCACGUGGACCUCCGCACCCUCGCGCGCCGGACGGCCGGGAUGACAGGUGCCGACUUGGCAAACAUCCUCAACAUCGCGGCCGUCCGCUCCUCCGCCGACAACCUUCCUUGCAUUCCGACGAAGUACCUCGAGGAAGCCUUCGAUCGGGUCGUGGUAGGUCUGGAAAGGAGGAACCCCAUGAGCGAGCAGGAGAAGACGUUGACUGCGUACCACGAGGGCGGCCACACGCUGGUCUCCAUUGGCAACGCAGGGGCGGACCCUGUGCACAAGGCCACGAUCAUGCCGCGUGGGAACGCGUUGGGGGUGACGUGGAGCAUCCCGGAGCGCGAGAAGUACUCGGAAAGGCUCUUUGAACUUCAGGCGCGUCUGGACGUCCUCAUGGGUGGCAAAGCUGCCGAGGAGCUCAUCUUUGGCCCAGAGAAUGUUACUGCCGGCUGCACGUCCGACCUGAUAUUGGAGCCUCCGGGCAAGCAGCCAAGCAUGGCUCCCCCUGCCGUCUUCGAGGAGGAGGCCUCCAGCGAGGAUGCCGGCGAUGAAGAGACCUCGAACCUCUUGACUGUGACGGAGCUGGUGGAGGAGGAGGGAAGAGAUGACAUGGGCAUAGACGACCACUUCCGCUCGGUCAUUGAGAAAUUACAAGCGGUUUGCGACAUUCCCAUUGAAGAGCUGGUCCUUCCUCCCGAUUUCGUGCACGAGAUCCAAGAGACUGCAGAGACCUACAUCAAGAAAACGUCCUCAACCGCCUUCGGCGAUGUUGUUUACGAUGCGCUGUUGGAGAAUGUGCCCUAUGCUCGGAAGUACUUCGUCACCCCCAGACCUAUCCUGGUUCUGAGACUGGCAGAUGCAGUUGGCGGCCUGAUCACGCGAUGUGGUGAGCCUGCGGAACUGAAGCGGCACGUGGAGACACUGGCUUUCCAGCACUUGGAGAUGGAGGUGACGGCGCCACGCUUCGAUGUUGCCAGAGAGGGCAUCCUCAACACCCUGCAGUCGGAGCUUGGCUCGCGCAUGACCACCAAAGCCCACAUUGGCUUUCAGGUGCUGCUGAACUACCUGGGCAGCGCAUGCCUCUACGUGCGCCGCGAGUACGGCCAGCGCGUGCGCACGAUCCUCCGCAGCUGGCGAACGGCAAACGCCAAGGCGCAGAUCCCUGAGAAAGAGGAGGAUGCCGACAUGAGCCCGGAUGGGCAUGAGCAGGCGGCGCUUGAGGAUGCCGGGCCCAACUCCAGCAGCAAGAAGCACAAGGAGAUGUUUCUCUUCAAUGCGGCAGUGAUGGGCUUCGGCGAGAGUGACUGGAUGAACCUCGGCAUCACCCACGCAGGUGACUUGCAGUACGGAUCCCAAUAUGAUCUCAGGAAGAUCAUCCUCCGGCAGUUUGAUGCCAUCGCGACCGGCUGCGCCAACUCCUUCCGACUCCAGGAGGAGUGCGACGUGCUAUCCCUCGUCUUGGCAAAGUGCAAGGACAUGAAGCAUGAGGCGGCCUGGAAUUGGCUGUGGGAGACGGUGGAGACGUCACUCAAGGCGAACAAGGACAAGCCCAAGAGGUAUGAGCAGCUGCUGUCGAAGUUUCUGGCCAGCCUGGAGGAAGAGCACUGUGGCAGGGAGAAGGCAAUGGUCGAGAGCCGAAAGGCCGGGUUUGAUGAUUUGGGGAAGGAAGUGUACACCUCCUUCUUUGAGCUGGCACCUUCUGGGCAGGACUUGUUCAAGCAGUCCAGUACUCGCCUGUUCUUCAUCGCCGACAAGAUCAUCUUCAUGACCCUGGACAUCUUCAGGGUCAUUUCCUUCGUGGCUAAGGGUCAUUUCCUUCGUGGCUAA